GAGAAGAAAUUUUGCAUUUGCAAUUCCUCUCAUAUAUUCACUUUCCUACAAGAAUUGAGAAGCUUUUUUAAUCCAAACAAAAAAAUGAGAAGCACUGUUUUGUUUCUCUUAUUUUCUUUCGGUGCUCUCAUGUUACUUGAAGCAUAUGGUGUUACCGAUGAAAAUGAUAGGAAAGCAUUGUUCGACCUCAAAUCUCAAGUUUCUCAAGAAAGAAGAGUUGUUUUGUCUUCAUGGAAUAAUUCAACCCCUCUCUGUAAUUGGAAAGGAGUUACAUGCGGCCUCAAACACAAGAGAGUUACCGGUUUGGACCUCAAUGGGUUCCAGCUGGGCGGAAUGAUAUCACCAUCUAUUGGUAAUCUUUCGUUUCUCAUAUCACUUGAUCUCUCUAAUAACUCUUUUGGUGGUACCAUCCCUCACGAGGUUGGAAACUUGUUUAGACUUGAACAUUUGGAUAUGAGCUCUAAUAAUCUUGGAGGAGAGAUUCCAGUUAAUCUAUUUAACUGCUCUAGAUUGUUGGAACUUCGUUUAAUAUCAAAUCAUCUUGAAGGAAGUGUUCCUUCAGAGAUAGGGUCAUUGACGAAGCUUGUCUUUAUAACUCUUGCUUUAAACAACUUGAAAGGGAAGCUCCCUGCCUCUCUAGGAAACUUGACAUCAGUUAUGCAGGUUAACUUUGCGGCUAACCAUAUAGAAGGAGAGAUUCCGGGUGAUAUAGCUAGAUUGACUAAAAUGUUCUUUCUUGUUUUACCAGAGAACCAGUUCUCUGGUGUUUUUCCUCCUGCAAUAUACAAUCUAUCCUCGCUUAAGUAUUUAUACUUGGAAGCUAAUUAUUUCUCGGGUAGCCUGAGACCUGACUUUGGUAGGCUGCUACCAAACUUACAGUAUUUACAUCUAGGAAGUAAUUACUUCAAAGGAGUCAUUCCAGCAUCACUUUCAAAUAUCUCGGCUCUUCAACUGUUGUCAUUCAAUGACAACAAUCUGACAGGAAGUAUUCCUCCAAGCUUGGGAAGAUUACAGAAUUUGCAAAUCUUGUCUUUUUCUAAUAAUCUUUUGGGAAGUCAAUCAUUUGGAGAUUUUGAAUUCCUUGGUGGUUUAGGGAACUGCACCCAACUGAAAACUUUAGACGUUAGUGGAAAUAGGCUUGGAGGUCACUUGCCUACCUCCAUUGCAAAUCUGUCCAUAAACCUCCAAGAUUUAGGACUUGGAGAAAAUUUCAUAACUGGACGCAUUCCUCAGGAUAUUGGGAAGCUCGUAAGCCUAGAAAAACUUAUCUUAGAAAAAAACAAUUUCACAGGCCUACUCCCAACCUCUAUUGGCAAGCUUAUACAAUUGGAAAUGCUUAUUCUCGGUUCAAAUAGUAUAUCAGGAGAGAUACCAUCUAUUCUAGGAAACAUUACUCGGUUGGACUUCCUUUUCUUGGAAAACAAUAACUUUGAAGGAACCAUUCCUCUAAGUCUCAGUAAUUGUACUUCCCUACGCUACUUAACGACUGGGCCUAAUAACUUGCAUGGGACUAUACCUGAGGGAAUUAUGGGAAUUCAGUCCCUUAUUGAACUAGAUAUGUCAGGUAGUUCUUUGACCGGCUCUCUACCAGAAGAUAUUGGAGGGCUUAAACAUCUUGUUAGACUAUCUGUUGCGCGUAAUAAAUUAUCAGGACAACUUCCACGAUCCUUGGGAAAUUGUCUCACAAUGGAAAUACUAACGCUUCAAGGUAACAAUUUUGAUGGAGCGGUUCCGGAUAUAAGAGGCUUAAAGAGUCUUAAAAGCGUUGAUUUCUCCAACAACAAUCUAUUUGGAAGUGUACCUGCUUAUCUUGCAAACUUUUCUUCAUUGGAAUAUCUCAAUCUCUCUGAUAACAACUUCGAAGGAAGUGUGCCAACAGAAGGAAAAUUUCAGAAUGCUUCUAUAGUUUCAGUAUUUGGAAACAAAAAUCUUUGUGGAGGCAUCAAGGAGUUCAAACUGAAGCCAUGCGUCAAUGAAGCACCAUCAACGGGAUCAAAGCGUUCCUCUCGUGUGAAGAAAAUCCUUAUCGGGGUUGUCGUUGGCACUGCUUUGCUUUUGCUGCUGUUAGUUGCUUCAGUUUCGCUAUAUAUGGAGGUUUUGCAUGACCAGAUAAGUUAUGGAGAGAUCCGAAAUGCGACUGAUGGUUUCUCUUCGAGCAAUAUGAUUGGGUCAGGAGGUUUUGGUACUGUGUUUAAAGCCUUUCUCCCUGCAGAGAACAAGGUUGUUGCUGUGAAAGUUCUAAACAUGCAGAGACGUGGAGCAAUGAAGAAACGAGUGUUGGACAUUGUAGAUGAAUCAGUUCUUGGCAAUGGUCUCAGAGUUGGUUUCCCUGCUGCUGAAUGUUUGACGCUGAUUUUUGAGGUGGGGCUUCGGUGUGCUGAAGAAUCUCCGACGAACCGAUUGGGAGUGAGUGAAGCUACAAAGGAGUUAAUCUCGUUGAGAGAGAGAUUUUUCAAAGCUACAAGGACAGCCAGACGUUGA